GGGAUUUGCUUCCAUGCUCAGCCAAUGGGCGUUUGGAUACGGGGCGGGGCUUGACGUUACCACGGCACGGCCAACGUCAAGUAUAAAGGGAAUAACAUGGUGCUGUUGAGUGCAUGUUUACGUUAAGAGAGGACAACAGAAAGAGAUCUAAUAGCUUACGAGUUUAAUUGUAAAACGCCUUUUAUAGACUAGUUUUUAAAAUUCACUUUAUUUUGGUAUGUGAUUGUCUAACUACUCAUGUGCCACUUGUCCCAAUGGAAAGGGGGUUUCAGUUUGGAAACGUAUGCACAUCCCUGCUGCUGCUGCUUGUUUUGAGAACGUUAACGGUUACUUUGCAAAGUCAGUCUCUCUCAGAGAGAGAACUCGAAGUGGCUCCGACGCCAAACACCGAGACGGCGGAACAUGCUGCCGUUAUGGAGCGGCCACUGGACAGCGUCGGAGGAGCCCCUGGCAUCGGAGAAGUGACCGUAGAGGACGACGAGUACGGCUCGACCGGGGAGAGCGAAGAGCCGUCUGGAGACAGCGACGCAAACUUCCACAAGCAGCGGAGGGCUCUGGUGAUCAUCAGCACACUUGAUGGGAGAAUCGCCGCUCUGGAUCCUCUAAACCAGGGACGCAAGCAGUGGGACCUGGACGUGGGCUCAGGAUCUCUUGUGUCCUCUAGCCUCAGCAAACCAGAGAUUUUUGGGAACAAGAUGUUCAUUCCCUCACUGGAUGGAGCUCUGUUUCAGUGGAACAGGGACAGGGAGAGUAUGGAGGCUGUUCCAUUCAGUGUCGAGUCCCUGCUGGACUCCUCGUACCGCAUCGGAGAGGACACUGUGCUUGUAGGUGGCAAGUCCCUCACCACGUAUGGCCUUGGCGCAUACAGCGGCAAGUUGAAGUAUAUUUGUUCAGCGGUGGGCUGCAGUCGGUGGGGGGACGAGGAAGGAGAGCCAGAGGACGUACUGUUACUCCAGAGAACACAGAAAACUGUCAGAGCCGUGAGGCCUCGCAACGGGUUUGAGAAAUGGAACUUCAGCGUGGGAAACUUUGAGCUAAAAUUCGUCCCUGAGAUUCAGUCCAACCUCAACUUCCUUGAGGGGGAGGCGUCUAAUGGGGAAACAUGGCGAGAGGUCAGACGUGAAGCACAACACGUCAUCCAAGAGGAGACGGACGCACAAACCAAAAAUCAUGCGCAUCCAAACUCACACACUCAGGUAGAGGGCUUAGACCUGGUCAUUAAGGUUUCUGUGCCGGACUGGAAAGUCAUGGCCUUCAGCACCAAACCAGAAGGACAGCUGAUCUGGGAGCAUCAGUUUUGCACACCCAUUGCCUCUGCAUGGUUGGUUGGAGGGGGGAAGGUGACGCCCAUUAGCCUGUUCGAUGACACCUCGUAUAACUCCCACACUGAGACUGAGGCUCAGGAGGACGAUGACAUCAUGGAGGAGGCCCGUGGGGCCACGGAGUCCAGCGUUUACCUGGGAAUGUUUCAGGGUCAGCUUUACCUCCAGUCCUCUGUGAGAAUCUCCGAGAAGUUUCCAUCGAAGCCCAAAGCUCUGAACGGGUGGAGCAGUAACAGUGACAUGAUGCCACCACCUACGGUCAAAUGGAAACCCCUUAUCCACUCCCCUUCCCGUACUCCAGUCCUGGUGGGCUCUGAUGAGUUUGAUAAAUGUCUGAAUAAUGACAAAUUCUCUCAUGAGGAGUACAGUAAUGGGGCUCUGUCAAUACUGCAGUAUCCAUAUGAUAAUGGAUACUACUUUCCGUACAGUCCUCGUUACCGUAACCGGCGUGAUGAGACGGCAGUGAGUGUUCUGCUGAAGAAAGAUGGAGAGGGGUCACAGGUGAGAAGGAAGGACCCUGUGCUGCUGCUGCCGUGGUGGAAAGAGAUUCUGGGCACCAUCAUCUUCUGCAUCGCUGCCACCACCUACAUCGUCCGCAAGUUCUUCCACCCGCCCAUAACAUACGUGCGGCAAAGAAAGGAGUCUGAGACACAGUGUCAAACUGACAGCAAGUUUGAACUGGACAUUACAGAACCCAAAGAAAUUGUUGUCACAGAGACACGUCCUUGUGAAUAUGUUUCUAGGUACUUGACAGACUUCGAGCCAGUACAGUGUUUGGGACGUGGUGGAUUUGGUGUCGUGUUUGAGGCACGCAACAAAGUGGAUGACUGCAACUACGCCAUCAAGAGGAUCCGUCUACCCAACAGGGAGUUGGCUCGGGAGAAGGUCAUGAGAGAGGUGAAGGCUCUAGCUAAGCUGGAACACCCAGGCAUCAUCCGUUACUUUAACGCUUGGCAGGAGAGCCCGCCCCAGGGCUGGCAGGAGGACAUGGACAAACGCUGGCUCAAAGACGCAAGCACUGCUGACUGGCUGCUGAGUUCUCCUGACCACAUGGAGGCGUUCUCAGUCAAGGUUCCUGUGGCCACCCCUUCUCCGGUGGACUCCUCAUGCAUGUGUGCGGCCGGUGGCGACACGAGUGUGUGUGUCGGAGAUCAGGUGUGUGUGGAGGGCCUGGGGCCGGACAGUAUGAUGUCAGAACGUGACAGUCAGGCUGACCCAGAUGCUAUCCCGGAGGUCUCCGAUUCCCCGCACUCCUUUGAACUCUGCCCUCCCCGCACAGUUACUCACGGCGACUGCACUUCUUCCUCCUUCGACAUCGUCUUCGAGGACUCAGGCUGUGAACACCAGGACAAUGACAGUGACCUCAGUGGAAGUACACCUGUGCCACCUGCGUGCCUUUCACAGUCUGGCUCCAAACCUCAGCGUAGUGCGUCAGCGGGACCUCCCUCUUCCGUACCUUCAAGGCCCACCUCUCUGAGCCUGGCCCCCAGCACCCCCUGUCCUGCCACGCGGCCCCCGCUCACACCUAAGGUCUACUUGUACAUUCAGAUGCAGCUGUGCAGGAAGGAGAACCUGAAGGACUGGAUGGCUCAGAGGUGUCUGCCUGAGCUCAGGGAACACGCUCAGUGUUUGGACAUCUUCCUGCAGAUCGCAGAAGCUGUGGAUUUCCUGCAUAGCAAAGGGCUUAUGCACAGAGAUCUUAAGCCAUCUAAUAUCUUCUUCACAAUGGAUGACGUGGUGAAGGUGGGAGACUUCGGACUGGUCACUGCCAUGGAUCAGGAGGAAGAUGACGAGGAGCUGAGUACCCUCACACCAAUGCCAGUCUAUGCCCGUCACACUGGCCAAGUGGGCACCAAACUCUACAUGAGCCCAGAACAGCUGUCUGGGAAUUCUUAUUCUCACAAGGUGGACAUUUAUUCCCUCGGCCUGAUUCUUUUUGAGCUUCUCUGUCCAUUCCGCACCCAGAUGGAGAGAGUCCGGACUCUCACAGAGGUCAGAGCCCUGCAGUUUCCUGCUGCUUUCUGUAAGGCCAAUGUCCUGGAAGUUCAACGAGAUGGUGCGCUGUAUGCUGUCCCGAGUGCCCGCCGAGCGGCCAGAGGCGUCAGAGAUCACAGAGGCCCCUAUAUUCCAGGAGCUGGAGGUGCCCUGCAGAAUCCGACAACGCACUCGAACAUACAGCGCUUCAUCUGCAGGACGACCGUCGCGCCAGAUAUCCUCCUCAAACUAGAACUCCCACUCAAAAACAGACACAUACUGUGCCUCAUCUGCGGGAUGACAAACACAACCAGUCACCACCUCUUAGAACGCACUUCAUUCAGACACUACCGUACAGAUAAAGAGCAGAUAAACUGAGCCCAUCUAAACAACAUAUCAUUCCACGAACCUCUACAACUGAAACCAAACACAUCGUAACCAUAAAACAAGCUGCCCGCUGUGGUGUUUGUGCCAAGGGCGUUCGCUGAUUUACAAUAAGCCCCCAUCGCAUUUCUUUCAACUCAUCGUUGACCAAUCCCAUGAUUCCAAACUCCAGAAGCACACACACACACUUGCUGUAGGAGGAGAGUUGUUGUUUUUCCAGUGCUAACGAAUGCUGAUGAAUGACCUGCCUUCGGACGCCGUUCACUCUGCAUGUCUUAAACAGGAAGUCGUGCGACGCGUGCUUUCCUGUCCGAACGGAAAAUUGUACGAGUUCUUUUUCUCCUCUAAUGUAAAUAGGCUUAAAUAAUAAGCAACAGAGGCUUUGUGUGCUUUAAAGGCGCUCGUUCAAGACCGAACGCACAAGUUCAGAGGCAUUAGAGCCACUCGCUGUUACAGUGUUAGUGGCUUGAUGAACGUGAAUCUGCGUGUGACUGAGCGGACGUGGAAAUAUUCAAACUACCUUUAAGCUGGACUUUGAGACACGAAUGACACGUUUGUGAUGAUGGUCAGUAUGAGACUUAGAAUUGAAUGAUUUGAAACUGAGACUUUGAACAUCAUUCUGUAAAAUACUUGUUGUCAUUGGCAGCCAGAAAAGUAGUUUACUGUAUUUCAAAUCAUUUUGAAACACGAAUUGUGAUAAUUUUCCUAAAAAAAAAAAAAAAACUGAAUAAGAAGUGCUUUGACUAAUUACACAAUAAGAAAGGAUAAAGCUGGAGGAAUCACUUCGACCAAAUAUUCAGCACACACCCUUAAUUGUAACAUAUCAGGUAAUUACUGAUUGUAUGAUUUUUCUUACCAAUUUUGAUUAGAGGAACUCAAUUUUCUUUUGUAUAUGAUGGAAUUUUCUGUAUAGUAACUGCUUUUUACAACUUUUUUUUUCAACUUCUGUGGGCGAUUUUCCUAAGAAUUGUUUGAGAGAAUGGCGAUAGAGUGGAUCUUUAUGGUCUCUGGUGACAGAUUUGAUCUCUGUGGUCGUCUUAAAGAGCACCGGGUGCCUCUGCACCUUCAGGAGCCGCUUCCGUAUGUAUGUGAAUACUGGUGUGUUUCCUGAACGGGGCUGUUAUGCUGCAGAACGGACAUGAGAUUAUGACCUUUGACCCUUAAUCACGAGGACUGCAUCCUGUAAUCCACGUCAGGGACCACUUGUGAACCCUUCAGCUUUUAACCUGUAUCUGUGACCCCGACCCAGUGAAGACCGCAACGAGUGCUGAUCCCGUUUGUUCAGAUCACUGUGGCAAAUCCUUCCAACGGCUCUCUCCCUGCCUAAUGAUCUUCUCCAGUCUCUAGGUUUAAAUCGGUUUUAUUCAUGCCUGUUUCAUUGUUGUUAAUGUAGCAUUUGGUUCUGACAAGUCUGUUCCUCCAGUGUUUUUCAGAUGUUUUGUUUUUUCCUUGUGACUGUUGAUAUCCCUGUUUCAUG